GCCCCUUUUCCUCUGCCGCAGCUCUCUGGGUAUCCUGCGGAAAGAGCCCGCCUCCCGACCCAUAAGGCCCUGGGCCGGAAGCUUCACUUUCUCUUCCUGUUCUCCACCAUGGCGCAGGAUCAAGGGGAGAAGGAGAACCCUAUGCGGGAACUUCGCAUCCGCAAGCUUUGCCUCAACAUCUGUGUGGGGGAGAGUGGAGACAGACUGACCCGGGCGGCCAAGGUGCUGGAGCAGCUCACAGGCCAGACGCCCGUGUUCUCCAAAGCUAGAUACACGGUUAGAUCCUUUGGCAUCAGGAGAAAUGAAAAGAUUGCUGUCCACUGCACAGUCCGUGGGGCCAAGGCAGAAGAAAUCCUGGAAAAAGGUCUAAAGGUGCGAGAGUAUGAGUUAAGAAAAAAUAACUUCUCUGAUACUGGAAACUUUGGCUUUGGGAUCCAGGAGCACAUUGAUCUGGGGAUCAAAUAUGACCCUAGCAUUGGUAUCUACGGCCUGGACUUCUAUGUGGUGCUGGGUAGGCCAGGUUUCAGCAUCGCAGACAAGAAACGCAGGACAGGCUGCAUUGGGGCCAAACACAGAAUCAGCAAAGAGGAGGCCAUGCGCUGGUUCCAGCAGAAGUAUGAUGGGAUCAUCCUUCCUGGCAAAUAAAUUCCCGUUUCUAUCCAAAAGGCCAAUAAAAACUUUUCAGUGAAAUGUAUAUUACUGUUGUGUGUUCUGUGAAAGGAGCCUGGCCAUAUUCAAGUCCCUGGACCUCAAGCCACUUAAAGCUUCGAUGGGAAUAGCUGGUAACGACCUUGUCGUCCUCUGGAUGCCAGUGUUUCCUGACAGAUUGAAGCCUGAGCUUUGCAGCAUUUCCUGUGCUCCCCACACCCCUGUGGUUAGGCUGUGAUGGUGCAGUAGUCACAUGGAAGUUAAUUUUAGAGGGGAGGGUAUGAUUGGGCCUGGGGUUUGAAUACAGAGCUUUGGUUAAAGGUGAAGAUGGGGUGCAGUGUUCCCAUGUUCCAGGAGGCUCCCCUCUAUUCACUAAUUCUAGAGAUUAUACCAGCACUCAUGUCUGAGGAAGGGAGUCACAGGUUUUGGUGUGUCAUGUUUGCGAUUAAAUUUUGGUUUAACUGUUCA